AUGUCUUCCUCGUCCAAGAAAUGGCAGCUACCAUCCAAACCAUCCUUCAACAUCAAAUCGAAGCCAAAAUCAAACACAAAGACAAACACAAGUUCCGAAAAGCCAACGAGGUCGUCGACAGAACCUACUUCCUCCGUGACAUCAAAAUCCUCGAAAGUUUGGAGGAAGACGAAGGAGUUCUUUAAUUCGCUUGGAGAGCCGCCUACAGCUGCAUUUGAGAGGGAACAGGCUAAGAAGAAGGAGGUCAAGACGUCUGGACGUGAGGCGUUUGGCGCGGUGAAUUAUGGGCCGUAUCAUCAGGGGGGCCCUUUUGGAGGGAGGUCGUGA